GUGCUCUGGAACUAUCCAAGGGGAAUUUAUUUAAAGGGAACUUGACCUCUGCAUCUCUCUGUCUGCAUAUUCAUGGUCUUCCUCAAGCUGGUUGGCUGCUUUUGGCCACCCACACAUCCCCCUCUGACUGAGGCAGUAGUGCAGGCAUUAAAGGGGUCUUGAAUGACAGCAACACUGAUCCAGGGCCUCUUUCCUAAUUCAACAGAAGACUCCACAUGCUUUGAAAGUACAUGGUAGCACCACUUUGUCUACGUACCCAUGGCACCCAAGAUUUCUUACCUAUCAGAAGUAUAAAACACCCCUGCAUUUCUGGUCUCAAAAUCAUGGAUUGUGGCCAAAUACCAAUCUUAUUACCUAAAUAAAUCCUACUGUUAUGUUGGAUGCCAAUUCAUAAUCUCAAAGACGAAAAAGACAUGAAUGAAAACACUCUCUCCAACCUAUGUAAUUAUAACCCCAGUUCUGGAUAUAUAGAUGAACAGAAAGGAGAGCUUUGUGUUGAAAGAGACAAUUUAUUUUCUUCUGCCUCUUACUAUGCAGCCAUAAUAUCAUACCUCCUUAGGCAUCCAGAAGCUAACUGUGAGUUGGAUCCAAAAUGUCUUCUUCCCUCUUCACAGAAAACUGAACUGCUGUUGCAAAGCGACAGGAAUGGUGCCUCUUCUAGGGAAACCUCAUCCUUGGCACCAUUACCUACUUAUGUCUUGAGUGACUCUAGUCAGUUCCAUCAUGAUCACUUACAAGCUAAGAGAGCUAGGGUUGAAAAUAUUAUACAGGGAAUGAACAUCAUGCCAAACCCAAGAGGGCCUUGUACUUUAGGGAAAGAACAGUGCCAUGCUGAUGAAGCAAAGAAAGGCUACCGAGAUAAUAAGAGAAAGCAGAAACCUCUUCAGCAGCCAAGGCAGACCUCUUUCGGAGGCCCAGGUGGAAACAGCAUCCAGUCAGAAGAAUACUACCAGCUGAAAAAACAACUCCACGUUUUGCAACAUCAGCUGAAGCAACUUCAAGAAAGGUUCUUCCAGCCUUGUGAUCUCCAUAUUUCGAGUCUGAUUCAAGAGAACAUGAGGAGAACAAUGGACACACUGAAGGAAACAUUUGGACAAAGUCUGGAUAACAGUAAUUGUGCUGUCAUAAAUGACCAACAAAGAGAUAAUUUCCAAAGAAAUAUCCCUGUGAUGAGAGGCCCUGAAUUGUCAGGGGAAAUGGAUUCACAUAUUCCAACUUCAGAAGAAAGAACACUUUCAGAUAUAUUAAAACAGGAGUUAUUACAGGGGGUGACACAGGCUGUGGACUCUGUUUUGAAAAAGGUUUUGUCUAAAUCGCCAAGCCUCCAGUCCCAGUUGUCCACUGGCUCCCCAGAGAGAGUAUCUUCUACUGGAAGAGAAUGUAUAGGUCCUAGAGAAAAUCUAUCCUGGAAAUGGCUUUCAAAUAUCUCUUCUAAUGAAGGUUCAGCAUCCACAAUCAGAGGGAAAUCUCCUGUCUUUCCUACUUCUUCCAUGUACUCAAAACCUGAAAGAAAAUCCUGCCAAGUGCUACAUGGGAAUUACCCCUUAACCAUGGCCUCCUCUGAAGUCCAAGAAAAUGGCUUUCUUAGUCAAAUGCUAGUGUGUGGUUCAGAUGGCCAUUGGGGCAGUCCAACUCCAACAAUGGCCUCUUUCCGAGAGCCACAGCAACCAAUCAAACUGAAGUCAUCUGUCAUGAGACAGCAACAAUAUCCAACAUCUUGUAAAUCUCUGGAAAUAGAAACACUGGCCUCUCUUUCAGCUCCAAAGGCAGGGUUGGCUGAAAUGUGUGCUCUGAUGGAUGGCGUGUACUUCCCUUCAAAACAUAUUCAGGAAGCUUUGACACCUGGCCAUUUGAAAAAGGCUAAGUUGAUGUUCUUCUUCUCUCGGUACCCUACAUCAUCUCUGCUGAAAGCCUACUUCCUAGAUGUCCAGUUCUCCCGCUGUAUCACUUCUCAGCUUAUCAAGUGGUUUAGCAACUUCCGUGAAUUUUAUUACAUCCAGAUGGAAAGGUUUGCCAGGCAAGCCCUCUUGGAAGGUGUCACUGAUCCCAAUAACCUCAUUGUGACCAGAGAUUCAGACCUCUUCCGGAUCCUCAACGUGCACUACAACAAAGGGAAUGAUUUUGAGGUUCCUCAUGCUUUCCUGGAUGUUGCCAGUCUGACCCUUCAGGAGUUCUUUAAUGCAGUCAGGGAAGGAAAGGACUCAGACCCUUCCUGGAAAAAAUCAAUUUACAAAAUAAUUUCUAAACUGGAUAGUGAGAUCCCAAAUGCAUUUAAAUCUUCCAGUUGCCCCAAGGAAUUAAUCUAAGGUUAAUGCGCUAUUAUCACAAUGCCUGGCAUGCAACUGUGACAUAGCACAGUCCUGUGUGACAAGAAUGGUCAGAAUCAAGGUGAAGCAUCUGCUGCAUACCUAUUUCCUGACCACGAUCCAGUGUAAUAUGGGGAAACUUGAAUUCGGAGAAAGAACCUAGUGCCAUCAAUAUUCCUAAUAUUUUAUGGAGUAAAAUCCACAAUGCCGUUUCUGGGCAGUGGCAGGGACCUCAUAUUUUCUCUCUGCUGCCUCUUAGUGGCCACUAUAUUGCUGAUAUCAAACAGUCCAAAUUCUCCUUCAUUCAUUUAUAUAGCUGGACCUGUUGAGCUAAGCUAAACUGUGGCCUUGCAGUUUCUUGUUCUAGAAAAAGUCUGGUAUGGCCAAGUCUCAGAGAGAGCAGUGGAAUUAAGUAUACCAUUAGGCAUAAAGCUGCAUAUUUUCUUGAGAAUAAGUUUCACUCAAUUGAACAAAUAUUUCCUAGCACUGUCUGUUUGACUUAUUUCAGUGGAAUUUUGGCAUGUGUAAUGCAGUGCUGAAUUUCACCCAAUGUUUUUAAUUCGAAUCACUCUGGAGCACACUAGGCAUAAUCACAUACCCAUGGAAAAUUAAUGUCAUUGUAAAAGAGGGUCAGCUUCCUGGGUCCUACAUGUGAAAAAAUAAGCUUUUGAAGCCCAGCUCUACUUUUGCUUUGUGUAAGCUUCAGAAACAAAACAGUGAAGCUGUAAAUAAGGAUCUGUAAACAAUUUCAGUUCCAAAGUGUUGAAUGUGCAAUUCCAGAAAAAAUGUGAGCGACCUGCUGCCUCAUUGUACAUAUGCAUGGCUAUUCCUAUGUAUAGGGUAUGUUGUGGAACUUAGUUGUGGUUAAACAUAUGCAAAGCUGCAACCCUUAAGUAAUUUUGGAAUGCUUUUAAUUUGAAUGUAGCUUCUUCUUAAAUGCUUUUUUAUAAGUUUACAACCAGACAGGACUUUGGGUGUGUUGCCAUGUCUGAGGGAGAAUCUUUGAGCACACUUCCUCCACUUUUCCAAGACUUGCUGUCGGUGCCCUCUGAGCCCACUGAAACAUCUAAGUCUAUCCCUUACAAGGAAAAAUGGUUUGGUGUUCUAUUUUGGUCUCAAGAUUUAGAAGUAGCUAAUUUACCUUAGUUCAGGCUUCUUAAAUUGCAUUGUGUGUGUGUGUGUGUGUGUGUGUAUGUGCCAGUGUGCGCCUUCACGUCACCUGCAAACUUAUGCGAUCCCCUUAAACUUCAUAGUUUUCUUAGGUAAGAUGGCUGUGACAAUUCCUUCCUCUGAAAUAUAGCCUACAGCACCUGGUAUUCAUUGGCACACUCCCAUCCAAGUAAUAACCAGAGCUGAAACCACUUAACUUUUAAGAUCAUACAAGAUCUGGUGCCUUCAGGGUAUUUGGUCCUCAAAUUGUAUGCACAGUGAGUUAGAUCCAGAAUCUGUCUCAAGCAGAGGGAAGGACACUGAAUACAGUUUCUAAUUUCAUACACUGCAACUGUCCCAACUUGGCAGGGACAGUUCUGACUAAUCCUCUGACAUUCUUCUUUUUCACCUGCUUUUAAAAUGUCUCUGUUUAUUUCUCCUCCUGUCCUCAGUUUACUUCAAGUACUACAAACAGAGAACAAAUAGCAAAAGUAAUUUGUACUCAAUUAACUCUGCAGGGAGGAGAAGGUGGGAAUCCUGUCCUUCCCAGUAUACUCUCCAAACUUGUGUGUUCUUCCUUAGUUUUGCCAUAAUGACCACACUCUGAUGUGGUUGGCUACAUGUGUCCCAGUUUUCGUCUGUGAAAUGUUGGGAGGGAGGUAUAUGAUCUAGACAAGGGAUUUUGUUAGCCAAAUCUUUGUUGAUUCACCCCCCCCCCGGUCACUUUUCAAUUCUUCAUAGC